AAUAACUCCCCAUCUCCUCCCCUAUUUUGAUUUCAGCUGAGAGAGAGAGAGAGAGAGAGUUCUCCGAAUGUCGCUCUUAGAGCCCUUACCACGAUCUUGAACUGGAUUUCCAUUCUUUAUCAUUCUAAAUGAGGGUUUUCCCUUUUGUUUGACGGAUUCAGAUCAUUUUCAGGAAUGUUGACGGGUCAUACUAUCGGUUUGAGGGAGUGUAGUGAACAAAAUGAGCUCUUACUAGCAAAUCCUGUAUCUGAGGCUGAUGACGAGGAAUCAGAAGUUUCUGCAAAAAUACUCUAUAUUGCCUCCUUUGAUGAACUUGCGAGGAACCAUGUGCAAUGUGACACAAUAAUUUGGGUCCUAAUAUCAUUACUUUUGAUUUUAGCAUGGGGAAUCGGAAUUGUUAUGCUUUUGUAUAUUCCCAUCAGAAGACAUGUUCUGAGAAAGGAUAUAGCAUCACGGAAAUUGUAUGUCACCCCAAACGAGAUAGUUUAUAAGGUUGCAAAACCUUCAUUUCUACCAUUUUGGGGGUUCACAAAGACUGAGAAGCACAUUCCACUUCCUCUUGUUAUUGACAUCAUCAUUGAACAAGGUUGCUUGCAAUCUGCAUAUGGAAUCCAUACAUUUAGGGUUGAAAGUAUUGCCCAUGGAAAAGCUGCACCCGUGGAUGAAUUACAGGUUCAAGGGGUCUCUAACCCAGGACUUUUGAAGGAGGUCAUCAUGACGGAAGCUUACGAGAGAAUAAAGGAAGGGAGAAGAAGCUGGAAGCCUGCUAUUUUCACCGGCAUGGGAGAAAUCACACCAGUCCCGGUGGCAUCUAUAACAGAGGCUCCAGCAAUUAGUAUAUCUUCUAGUCGGAAGGUGAUGACUCCACAACGCCAUAUUAUGCCUGAAGAUAGGGGUGGAAUUCCCAGUGAUUUUCUGUUACAUAAACUUGAAGAAGUCAAGCAAUCAGUUAAGAGAAUCGAAUCACUUGUUGAGGGUUCACAGGCAUUGCCUGAAAGCACCUGAAUUAAAGGUUAUUCUCAUACCAUCUUUUCUUUUUCCAACUUUUUCUUCAUUCCUGAGUAUCCGAACCUUCAUUAUAUGAAAGAAUAUGUAUCUACAAGAAAAGAUAGUAUGCAUCCUAUUUGUUUAGGGGCUGUUUGGA